ACAGGUGCUUCAAGAAUGGCUAUAAAAGACAGGCGAGUAAUGGCAGUCUCUUUUAGUGCUAACAUAGCCACGAUGAAGUUAUCACUUAUAUUAUUGUUGCUUGGCUUCGUAGAUUGGUCUGUGCAAACAAUAGACCUAUUGAGAGUUAGCACGAUAUCAGGUCCAGUGGUAGGCUACCGUAAAUCCGGCUACAAUGCUUACGAGGGCAUCCCUUACGCGCGACCCCCUGUCAAGAAACUUCGAUUUCGGCCCCCUAAACCGGCGAAAAGAUGGCGGCUGGAAUUGAACGCCACGCAGAAGGCUGCCGAUUGCGUGCAAAAUCGCUGGACAGAAAAUGGGUAUCAGGUUGUCGGUAAAGAGGACUGCUUAUACCUAAACGUUUAUGUGCGGCCUCAAUUAAUUACAAAGCCGAUACUGCCGGUGAUGGUAUGGUUCCAAGGCGGGGUCUAUUCCAGUGGUAACGAAGUGGACGAGAGUCUUCUAAUGAAGGCAAACAUAGCUUUGGUCGUUGUCAACUACCGUGUGGGACCACUCGGAUUCCUUAGCACCGGCGAUUACGUGGUGCCCGGAAAUAUGGGACUCAAGGAUCAAAGUAUGGCACUGCUGUGGGUGUCGGACAAUAUUGCAUUCUUCGGCGGUAAUCCCAAAAGUGUCACUAUCUUUGGCUUGAAUUCUGGAGCUGCGAGUGUCCACUAUCAUUAUAUGUCGCCCCUCAGUGCCGGACUAUUCCACAGAGGAAUAUCGAUAAGUGGUGUUGCACUAGAUUCCUGGUCGCAAACUGAACAUGCGCGAGAAAAGGCUCUACGCUUGGGUGCUCUACUAAAUUGUUCCACGGAAUCGUCACACUGUCUUGUGAAGUGCUUGCGCAAACGAUCAGUGGAACUUAUAUUGAAAACUGUUGCCGAAAUAUGGCUUUGGUUACAUAAUCCGUUCGUACCCUUCGGCCCAGUCGUUGAGAAACAAAAGUGUCAACAUCCCUUCAUCAACGCUACUCCCAUCGAAAUCAUGACUAGAGGCGACCUGUUGGACGUACCGUGGAUCGCCAGUAUCACUUCCGGGGAGGGCUUAUAUCCUGCAGCAGAAUUUGUGGCGAAUGACGUUUUGUUGAAGCAGUUGAAUGACAACUGGCAAGAUAUCGCACCGUAUCUGCUCGAUUACAACGAUACCUUGCCGCCCAGUCAGCAGAAAGAAGUGGCGUUAAAGAUCCGGCAACAUUAUCUAGGAUCGAAACAGAUCUCUAGCCAAACCGUGGAGCCUUUGAUUCAAUUGAUCGGCGACAGGUUGUCCGCGGUCAACUUCGAGAAAGCUGCCAGGUUGCAAGCCAAAGUGAAUAAGAGCCCAGUCUGGACCUACUAUUACUCGUACAGAGCCACUCACAGCGGAAGCGAGUUGAUUAGCCACUCGAAUAAAAACUUCGGUGUCACCCCGGGUGACGAUAUUGGCCUCAUCCUCGAUCCUGUACUGUCGGAUAUAAAGCUGCUUCAAUUAAAGGAUAAAACGAUGCAAGCCAAGAUAUUUGAAUUAUAUACUUCAUUUGCCAUAUUGGGCGUACCGAAGAUUGGACUUUCUAAAUGGAAGCAAGUGGAUCCUCGUGAUGUAUCAUUUAAUUAUUUGAACAUAAAGAAUCCGUUACUUGUGAGCGGCAUGGAAGCCAGUUUCGACUUUGCGGAAAAGAGUUUCUGGGAAACGAUCGACUUCGACGAAAAUAAAUUAUAAGAUACUAGGCGAAUUAAUGAUGUGAGGGACAACGCCUAGAACUGAAUUUUCCUUUAACGUUACAAAAUAAAAGUGCUUAAUUAAUUUCGUAA